CGCUGCUGAGUAAGUUCCUUUUGUUAUAUUUGUGUAAAUUCACACUCUGCUCAUCUGGAUUUCGAAUCUUAAGCAUGUUGAUUAUGAGUGAGGUUCUGUGGUGCUUGUUGAUGUUAUGCGCGUGUGUGUGGUGGUGGUGUAGCGCCCCACGACGCACUCGUAAACUGCUCGCUGCGUUGCCUUCCUUCCCGCAGCUGCCUCUACUUGGAAACAUCCAUCAAAUACCCAGAAACAGUAUAAAUCUAUUUCAAUUUUUAGAGAAGAUAGCUGUGACCUGUGACACAACAGAGAUGCCGUUUGUUUUUUGGUUGGGUCCGCGGCCUAUCUUAUUUAUCAGUGAUCCAGAGGAUGUGAAGGGUGUGAACAACGCGUUCAUAGAAAAACCACAUUACUAUAGUUUCGCGAAGGUCUGGCUUGGAAACGGUCUGGUAGUGGCUCCACCGGAAAUUUGGAAAAAUAGCAUCAAGAAGUUGUCGGGCACAUUCACGCCGAGUAUAGUGGAAGGAUACCAGGAAGUCUUCGCAGGGCGCGCAGCCGACCUCGUCCAGAGACUGAAGGCUCGUACUACGGAGGAGCCCUUCGACAUCAUGCACGACCUGGCCUACACUACGCUUGAGGCUAUAUGUCAGACAGCCUUCGGUUUUCCGAAGAUAUCCGAGAGCAUCGUAACUAAAGAAUAUUACGAUGCUUUUCAUCGCUGCUUGGAGCUGCUCAUCCGACGUGGCCUCAACCCUCUGCUGCAUCUCGAUUUCAUGUACCGUCUAACUCCAGCAUCCAAAGAACUGCAGAAGUGCGUCGGCAUAUUACAUAAUGUUUCCAAUACGGUGAUUACAAAACUUAUCCAAGAGCGAGAAUGCGCCAAGCAAGACAACAGAAAUGAAAUAGUACCAAAUCGUCGAAGGUUCAAGUCGUUCCUAGACUUGAUGCUGGAAAUGCAGGUCAGUACACCGGAGCUGUCCGUGGAACAAAUCCGCUCUGAGGUGGACACGGUUCUGUUUGGGGGACACGAGACGGUGGCCACCACCCUGUUCUACGCCCUCCUCAUGAUCGGACGGGAUAAGAACUUACAGGAUAAACUCUAUAACGAGGUUCGCGACGUGGUCGGGGACGGUGGUCGUCCGGUGACCGGAGCGGACCUGCCCCGCCUGCGCUACUGCGAAGCCACGGUGCUGGAGACUUUGCGCUUGUUCCCACCUUUCCCAGCCGUCUUGCGUAUGGCUGAUAAGGACUUACAACUCAGCUCAGGUAAGUGCGUGGUGCCUCGAGGAACGGUGUGCGCGGUGAGCGCGAUGGUGAUGGGCCGCGCGCGCCGACUCUGGGGACCCGACGCGGCAGAGUACCGACCCGAGCGCUGGCUGGCCCCGCCACACGCGCAGCCGGCUGCCUUCCUCGCCUUCAGCUACGGCAGGAGAGCAUGCAUAGGGAAAAAUUACGCUAUGGCGAUAUUGAAGACAGUGUUGGCAAGUUGCGUUCGAGAGCUGGAGUUUACCGCGGAACAAGCUGAGCUGCAGUUGAAGUUAGACGUGGUACUGCGGCCGGCCUCAGGCCACCUCCUGCAAGUCAAGACUAGAAACUUAAAAUAAAUCACGUACCUUCAAA